ACUUUCCCUUAACCCUCAAGCCUAAAAUCCAAAAGAUUCAGCUUUGGCCAUUGAUAAUCCCUGAGCUCUUUUCUUAUCAUCUUUUGAAGAUUAGAGCUUUAAAGACAUCAUAUUUAUGGCUACUUUCUGCUGAUUUUUGAGAUAGCGUUUCUUCCAGAAGAUCUCUCUCUCCCUCUCUUUUUUCUCUUUACAUCGUUUUAUUAUUACCUCAUGCUUGGCUUUGUGUUCUGUGUUUUGUUUUGUUGUGUUUUAGUAUGGUGGAGUAAGCAGAAUAAUCUCUUGUCGGAAACAAUCUUUGUUCUUUUUUCUUUUUUCUUUUAAUGGAUUCUGGUAAUAGUGGUAGUUUGCAAUCUUCAAGUGGUGGCAGUGAAGAGUUUGACUCACGCGUUGAGUCUGUCUCAGCUUUUUUGAGCCAUACCGGUCAUGGUCAUGGCCAACCGCCGCCGCCUCCGUUACCGGUGGUACAGGAUUAUUCUCCGUCGACCAUGUUCGACCCUUUAUCGUUCUUGGAUAAUCGAUCACUGCAACUUUCGGCAACAGCAACGGCGAAUCCAAGCUCGGCCCUUGAUGUGAUUUGGUCCAAAAAUCUAAGAUCUGAGCCCAAUUGCACUUAUCUCAGUGCGUUCAUGGCUUCCUCAUCGGCGGCACAGGCGACUCAACAGCUGUUCACCAACCAACAACCACAAAGUGAAACCAAUUUUCCAUCGUUGCAGCCGGUUCCACAACGACAAGACAGUUCGGUUUUCGACAUAAAUGGCGGCCAAACCAACAACAAGAGCAAUAUGGUGCGGAAUCCAAAGAAGAGAUCAAGAGCUUCCGGGCGUGCACCGACGACUGUUCUGACCACAGACACCACCAAUUUCCGUGCCAUGGUUCAAGAGUUCACCGGAAUCCCAGCAUCACCGUUCCCCUCCUCACCUUUUCCGAGACUCGAUCUCUUCGGUCCACUGUCUUCCACUUUGAGAUCAAACCAUUUAGACCCUCCUCAUUAUCUUUUAAGACCAUUUGCUCAAAAAAUCACACCUCCACCUUUCCUUAGCUCAUCAAUGGCUGACGCUAUAGUUUCUAAUCCUAGUACCAACAACAACAACAUUAGUUCUUCUUCAACUUUCAUUAACUACCAACUACCGACCGAGUUAGGCCAUUUAAAGCAGCCUCAGAAUCUACUCAACAUCAACAUGCAAAACCCAAUUCUCAACCUUCAAUCUCUCCUUCAAACCCCUCCAAAAUACCCGUUUUCCGGUUCGAACAUGGAUGUUCCACCAACUGAGUCGACUCUCAAAAUGAGUGAUUUAGAUGAGUUUGGCUCGAGCAAGGAGGGGCUUCAAAACAUGGUAUCUUCACGAGAACGUGAUGAUCGGAAUCUCCUAUGGUCCAUCAAUGGCGGCUAUGACGGUGACGACCGGAGAGUCUCGAAUGGGAAAGCGAGCAACUUGUCGUUGUCAUUUUCGCCGGAUUUUCGUGCCGAUAAAGAGCUGGAACACGUGGGUAAUUCCAGAAGUGAAGGUAUGGUGGAAUCAUGGAUAUGUUCCUCAGAUUAGAAGUAUCUAAUUUCAUUAAAAAAGAAGAAGAAGAAGCUUUCAUAACUGAAAAAUCUGAACAAAUAA